ACUGUUUUUUUUUUAGAAUCAGUGAUAUUGUUCUCUUCAAACUGGGUAAGAGGUGAUUGUACUGCCUUAUUAGUACUGGUCAAUAUUUGAUUUCGAUGCUAUUGGAUUAUUGCCAACAAAAGUCUGAAAAAUCAUUAAACACUUUCAUUAUGAGCUGUAGUUAGUUCCUUGGAAGCAGGGAAAUGAAAGUAAAUAUCUCAUUAUUGAUUGGCCAUGAAAACCAAAUUCUCCCAUGGAAGGCUGCAGAGAAAUUCAGAUGGUACAUGGAAGAAGAGUCCAUCUUUCACCCUUCUAAGGAGCUCAGACAAAGAUGACAAGAGGAAAAAUCUCAGAAGGAUAUUGGUAGCAGAAGCUGACUCCAUGCAGUAUGUUGGCCAGAAUUAUGGCGACCAAGCAUCCAAAGCCAACUCAAUGUGCAAAUACAUGGUUGGAGUAUUAGACAAGAAGACUGGAAAGAUGAAAAUCUUCAACUCUCAACUACUAGAGCUGCAUCCAUGGCUUGGAAAGAAAGAGAUCAAAGAAGAACAAAACAAUAAAAUCAAUGACUUUUCAUUGGCUGAAAAGAAAGACAGACUGACUGAAGCCUUUGGAAGUUCCAAGAAACAGAGGGCUAUGGAAUCCCGUCUGAAGAACAAGGUUGGAACAGAAGCCCUAGAGACCUCUGCUGCCAAGGCAGUCACCCAUGCUGCUGAUACACCUGUUCUUCCACAAGACUCUGACAUCGACACAAGUCUGCUGCCACCGUGUGACAGAUCUGCGAAGAGGCCACAAGAUGUGUACAAGCUCGAAGACAUCAUAUCGGCAAGACACAAGAAAUCACUCCAAUCACAAGCAGAGGAGCUGUUAACUGGUGCUAAAUCGCAGCUAGAUGAAUGGAAAAGUACUAAGAAAUACCCCCAGUAUGUAUUGGAUCAUGUGCCUGCUCUAUUGCAUGAAGCUGAUCACGAAAGAAGCAUUACUCAAGCAACCAAACUACUCUUCUUAACCUUCCUUAUGAAGCUGCAUGCUACCAAACCAAAAGAAUUGAAGACCUGUCUGAAGAAUGCUCCCCCUGGCAUCAGAACCCAUCUCUAUGAUACCUUCACACAGGUGACCCCAACCCCAGAUGGUCAAAGUGAAAAACAGCUUCUCUCUAAAAGCUGCAAGGACAAGCUCUUAUCUUAUAUCCUGGUGUUGGCCCAGCUUAUCGAUACCUUCCACACAGACAUUACAGCACUCACCAAAGACCUCAACGUCCCCGUCAAAAGGCUGCUGGCACAUGCCCGAUUCAUUGGCUGUAAGACAUCUUCUCAAACAAUAACACCCUCUAAACCCAAGAAGAGGCGGAAGAAGAAGAAAGACCCCGAUGACAGUGAUGAUGAUGACGAUGACGCGGAUUUUCUACAAGAGAAUUCUGCCGAAAAGGAAUCCAUCAAGGUUGUAUACAUUGAAUUGAGCACCCCGAUCAAGUCUACAUCAAGCUUCGUUGAGAGACCAGGUUUUGGAAAGAAGAGAUGAUCAUUAUCUUUAGUCUCUUAGAAUCUCGACCUAGUUCUGAUUUUCCAUAUUUCUUUUAUUCUUAUGAAUCCUUUGUCGGGGUAUUAAAGUGCUCUAACCAAUUCAAUGAAAAGUUUGUUCUCUGUCAGAAUUUGAUUAUUUAGGGAAAUCGAUCACACUUAUUGAAAACGCAUUCAGCACAAGAACAGGCACCCAUUUAGAAAGUCAUGAGUCACUUUACAACCAGAAUUGGUAACGGAAACCACAAAGGCGACUUUAAAAUCCAAGGUAUAUUAGUGAAGAAUCAUUUGUUUUUGUAUUUCUGUAUUUCGCAGUGCACCCUCAUGAUCGUACAAAGUUUCCAACGUGUCAAUGGCAAUUGAAUCCCCAGUAAGAAAGGGAUUGAUAGACGUCACCAUGUUUGAUUUUUUUGUCCAUUUUUUUAAAUGAUAAUUUAUUGAAAUUCAGUUUUUGGUCAACAAGGCCCAAUAUUCCACAUCGAGAGAGCAAAACUUCAGUCGCUCCCUCGUUGAAUUUUUAAUCGUGAGGUAAUUGAAGGACCCCAUUCAAAUCAGUAAAUCAUUUUUUAUUUCAGGAAAUGUAAAUAAAAAAUUUGAAACAUUACUCCAACUUGGUGGUAGAUAUGAGGUAUCAGUAACUUUAUCAUGAUAAUUACAUUGUGUAUUACCUUUGCAAUUCUAAUAUCAUAAAUUUGUCCAAGCCCUAAGCUGUCAGUCUUCAGGUCGCACUGAAACUAUUAAUGUGCUUUUAGUAAUGCAUGAACAGAAGAAGGUAUACAUGUAUUAGACAAAGGUUUUUUUGGGGGGGGGAAUGAAGGAGCUUUUCAUAUGUUUGUCAUGAUUUUGUGGAAACUCAGUUGAGAAGAAAGUCAAAAUAAAUGAUUUUACAUUUGAUAUGAAAGAUGAUCAGUCAUGGUUUCUUUUUUACAAACUUUUAAAAAUUUGCUUCUCAUUCAUAAAGACAGUAAUACUGUUUUGAUAUCCAAGAAUGGAAUAGUCCGACCAUGGCACUUUAUGGGCAAAGAGUGUGCCAAAGUGCUCAUACAAAGAAUCGAAAGCUUAGCAAAUCGCUUGUGAGAGUUGUUUAUUUUUAUUAUUUGCAUCUACCGCAAAUGUUGAAACUAUUGAAAAUGUAUGGGAAAGUUACCCACAUUCCAGGACACUUUUUCCAUAUCCUACACAAAGUCAUGCACCAUCUGCUGACAAACAACACUAUUACAGUCACUUUCGUUGACCUUCCCUCUUAUUUUUCCAGCUAAUUCAUCCAUCUUGAACAAAAAAUCUUCCCUGCUGAAUCUUUAAUUUUAUUUUUAGUUACAUUGUGAAAUGUUUACCAAGAAGUUAUGUGGUCAUUAUCCUUGGAAUGUUGUUUGAUCUUUUCUUCAUACAAAGUUUUACAUUUGACCUAUUUUUAAAAUUAGUGUUGUACAUUCUUUAACUCAAUACAAUUACCGGAGCAUAGUGUGACAUUCUCAAAGUUCAAAAAGUCCCACAUUUGUUCGGAUAAUUUUUCUCUUAAGUGCAUGUAAAUUUAUUAACUAUGUAUUCAAAGCAUACUGCAUUUACCUUUCAAAUCACAUUUUAAACUUCUUUCCAAUUGAUUAUUUAUAUUUUCCAAACUCAUUUCAUAUAUAAUUAACUUUUAUCUAUCACUUUAAUUAGAUUUUAUAUACAAAAUUACUUUUAAAAAGAUUGUAUUUGAAAGAGCAUAAAUAAGCAAAACAUAUUAUUCUGAGUCAAUAAAAAAGGGAUUUCAUGUACAAAGUUAAUAUAAAAUGUUUUUUUCUGCUAAAAAUUGAUGAGUGAUUAUAUUUUUUUAAUGGAAGCAGUUAUUUGAUAUGCCAUUUAUGGCUGAAAUAAUGUUGGCAAUGAAUUUUUUUUAAUAAAAAGAUAACAGAAGAAAGAAAUAUAUAGGAACUUAAAAACAAUGAAAUACAAGUACAUUAGAAAUUGAUUUUGUUACUGGAUUAUUUUUUUUAUUUACAAUUAUUAAAACCAAACAAGCAUUCUAGGAGCUUUAUUUAU